AUGUACCAAAAUAAUCCCAGAUUCGGUAUUGAGGCUACCAAGGAAGUUAAAGGGAGAAGGGUCGCUUCAAAGCGAAAGGUUUCCUUUGGGAGUGUCCAACCUCGAAAGAAGCCUGCUGGAAACAAAUCCAAUAAGCAAAACGGCGACAACAACGAGGCCGUCGAUCAAGCGGUGCCUAGUGAGGACGAAGAUGAAGAUGUCUUUACGUUUGACUACAGCGACGAUGAUAUGCCAACCAAGCGGGAGCCCAAGCGUGAGGGUAGUGAUGACGGAGAAGAAAUGGACAUCAAGGAAGAGGAAUCGGAGGAUGCGCACCAGUUCUCCCAUGAGGAGGAUGAGUGA